GAUUUAUUUAGAGUUUUGAAAUGGGAAAAUUGUAAGAAUUACUCUUAUUUAAGUUUAAAACCAGGACGUUUGAUUGUUAUGCUUGCAGGCAGAUAUGCUGGAAAAAAAGCAAUUUUAAUUAAGGCUAAUGAGGAAACUACAAAAGUAUAUAUAAAAAAAACAUUUGGUUAGGACUGCAAAUUCCCAAAUGGUUUGGUUGUAGGAAUACAAAGAUAUCCAAGAAAAGUAACAAAGAGAAUGGGAUAAAAAUAAAUUAGAAAGCGAACCACAUUAAAAGUGUUCAUUAAACAAUUAAAUUUAAAUCAUAUAAUGCCAACAAGGUUAUUAAUAAUAAUAACUUAAUUAUAGAUAUAGAUUAGAAGAAUCAACAUUGAAGGAAGUCAGAGAUAGAAUUGAGAGAGUCAAAGAAUCUGAAUUGAAGAAUGUUGAAAAAAGAAAGGAAUUGAGAAAGAAUUUGAGAAAGUAUUUGGCUGAGAAAUACAGAACCUUACCAGCUGGAAGUUUGGCAGAUAAAAAAGCUUAAUCAAGAUUCCUAUUUUCUAAGUUGAGAUUCUGAUAUAUUAAAAGUAUAGUAAACAUUUAAGAUAAUAUAAGCG